GGGCAGAGGCCGCAGGGCAUGCCAGCCGCCUGCCCCGAUGUUUCACUGGAGCAAGUGGAAGAAGAGGAUGGGAGCGAGCGCCUCCUCCUCCAAGAGACCCGUGUUCGACGAGCGGGAGGACGUGAACUUUGACCACUUCCAGAUUCUGCGGGCGAUUGGGAAGGGGAGCUUUGGCAAGGUGUGCAUCGUGCAGAAGAGGGACACGGAGAAGAUGUACGCCAUGAAGUACAUGAACAAGCAGCAGUGCAUCGAGAGGGACGAGGUGCGCAACGUCUUCCGGGAGCUGGAGAUCCUGCAGGAGAUCGAGCACGUCUUCCUGGUGAACCUCUGGUAUUCCUUCCAGGAUGAGGAGGACAUGUUCAUGGUGGUGGACCUGCUCCUGGGGGGGGACCUGCGCUACCACCUGCAGCAGAACGUCCAGUUCACCGAGGAAACGGUGAAACUGUACAUCUGUGAGAUGGCCCUGGCCCUGGACUACCUGCGGAGCCAGCACAUCAUCCACAGAGAUGUAAAACCAGACAACAUCCUCCUCGAUGAGCAAGGUCAUGCCCAUUUAACAGAUUUUAAUAUUGCAACAAUCAUUAGGGACGGUGAAAGAGCGACAGCAUUGGCUGGGACCAAGCCAUACAUGGCCCCGGAGAUCUUCCACUCCUUCCUGAGCGGCGGCACGGGCUAUUCCUUCGAGGUGGACUGGUGGUCCCUGGGCAUCAUGGCCUACGAGCUGCUGCGGGGCUGGAGGCCCUACGACAUCCACUCCAACAACCCCGUGGAGUCCCUGGUGCAGCUCUUCAGCACCGUCAGCGUCCAGUACUCCUCAGCCUGGUCCAGGGACACGGUCGGGCUGCUGAGGAAGCUGCUGACAGUGAACCCCGAGCACCGUUUCUCGUGCCUGGAGCACAUGCAGGGCUCAGCUCACCUGGCAGGUGUGGCGUGGAGCGACGUGGGCGAGAAGCGCGUGGAGCCGGGCUUCGUCCCCAACAAGGGCCGCCUGCACUGCGACCCCACCUUCGAGCUGGAGGAGAUGAUCCUGGAGUCCAGGCCCCUGCACAAGAAGAAGAAGAGGCUGGCCAAGAACAAGUCGAGGGAUAACAGCAAGGACAGCUCCCAGUCUGAAAAUGACUAUCUCCAGGAAUGCCUCGAAGCUAUCCAGCAGGACUUUGUCAUCUUCAACAGAGAGAAGCUGAAGAGGAGCCAGGAGCAGCCCAGCGGGUCCGUGUCCACCUCCGAGACCCCCGACGAGGCUGAGGCUGAGCCCCUGCACAUGUGCAGCUCCGUGUGCUCCUCGGGCAGCAGCUAGGCCAGGGCCAGCCCCCUCACCUGCCUCAGGUGUGCUGAGCACUGAGCCUGCCCUGGACAGCGCUGGCAGCUCCCCUGAGAGCUGCAGCCAGCCAGAGCUCCCCAGGACUGUCCCUGAGGGCUGGAGGCAGCCAGAGCUCCCCAGGACUGUCCCUGAGGGCUGGAAGAAGCCAGAGCUCCCCAGAACUGCUCUCCAGCCAUGGAUCUCCAGCCCAGCACCGUGGCUGCCUGCUGGGGGAAGACAGGACCUAUGCAACUUGUCAGGGGAGGAGAUCAACUGAUUUAAUCUUUGUUUUCAUGUCAGAUUGCUGAUCUGCACGUUUUUAACGCAGUGAGAGGGCGGGGAGAGAAGCCAUGUCCUUGGGAGGAGGAGGAGCAGCAGGAGACACGGGGCAGGGAGGAAGGCCAGGGAGGGGGUGUGAGCUUGGCCUUGGCACUCCCUGUUCAGAUGCUGCUCUGGGCGUGGGCAGUGGGCAGUGGGCAGAGCAGCCUGGCACAGCCCCCGUGCGGAGCAGAGCAGCCCCAGGCUCACUCCUGCAGCACGAGGAUGUCCCAGGCACCUCUUGUCCCUGUGUCACCUGUCAGGUCCUUUCCCCACUCAAGGCAAAUAGCUGUUUUUCGUGCACUCCGUGGAUUCUUCAGGGGCUGGGUAAUGUUCACUGUGUAUUUGGGCUGCAGAAUGCAUUUAAAUAUUCUUCUCCUGGACGUGGCUGCUGCAGGCAGUGAGGAGCUGUGGGAUGGUUGGGGGUCUGGCUGCAUGUCCCAGCUUUGGAGGACACAGCUUGUCACAGGCUGAGGUUUUGUUGGAGGCAGAGUGGGUGACUUGGGUAUGAAAGACAGGAAUAUUGUAUUUCACCCUUAGAUUUCCUUUAUUUUCAGUGUAAAGUACAAGUACUGUAUAUAAUUUGCCAAUACCUGUCUUAACAAGACAGGACAUCUCCCCUGGCUCCAGCUGCGGGUGUUGCCUCUCCUGCUGCAGGGCCCUUCACUAUAGGAGCUGUUUCAGCUGCUGCAGCGGUUUUUGGUCACUGUGGCUGAGCCCAAGCAGUGCCACAGGGCUGCUCUGGUGCCCCGGGUGUGGGGUGGCACCACAGCCACCAUCCCCCUUUUUUGGGGGUUUGCCUCCUUCCUGGCCAUUCUCGAUGCAGAAAUGGGUGGGAGAUGUUUUGAACAGAUCAGGCUCUGUCAGGAGCAGCUUUGCUGUGGUUUUUGUUUCCAGGAAUAAACCAGGAAGGCAGAGGGGUACGAAAUGAUCUUA